GUAAGAUAAGAAAUAAAUGUGUUGGUGUUUCAAAGUGUUCUUUCGAGUAUUUGGCAACUUGGCCAACCGAAUAUUUAGUGAUUGCUUAGACGCAACUUACAAAAUGUGUUGUGUUUGCUUCUGUAUGAGGAAUAACAGCUUACAAAGUAGUAUUUACGAUAGUAAGCACGAGCGGAAGUUUGAAAUAACCGAAUCCUUCUACAAGCACGUGAAUAGAGAAACUGCCGAGGAACUCCUGCAGGGUAAACAAAAUGGCACCUUCAUUAUUCGCCCUUCAUCUCAGGAACCCAACAUAGGAAUCCUUUCACUAACGCAGGAUAAUAAAGUCUUUCAUCUUGUAAUACGACAAAGGACCGAUGCCCUAAUUGCCCUGGGACAAGAAAAAUUUAAUGAAAAAACUUUUAAAGAUUUAAACUCCUUAAUUAAUUAUUAUAUCAGUAAUUAUUUAAUUUUGUACUCGGAUGACGUUAAAAGCUACACUUUAUUACUGCCUUUUACUUGAAUGCAAUAAUUACAAAACAAUUACACUCUA